AUGGAGUCAGGUUCCAGAUGGAAGGCAGCCUUGCUAACCGGCCUUCUUGUGGCAGAAUCCGCCUAUUCACUCCCUGGGCCUGUUGGCACUCUCGCGGAGACUAUCCUGAGAGAACAGACAAAGACCCAACCCACGGUUGCGUUCAAGACGCAGUAUCCACCGGCAGACGAGAGGAUUCUCAUCUCUCAGGACAAGCCAGUCUAUCGCUCGUUGUUGCAAGACGACGGCCACGCAUCACUGCUUCCUUGGCCGACGUUGGGUGUAGGGAGCGUGCUGUCAGGCGUGAACGGGUUAUUGUCGCCUCCAGCUCAACCAUCUCCAGACCCUCCAAGCCCUGGGCCUAUUCAGCCCACUCAACCUGGAAAUUCGCAUAGCAUGAACAACCAGGAUAUCUUCCAGCCCGUUGGUACGGGUGCGGUUGCUUCCAACAUUACCACUCGAAACGACCACCCAGUGGAGAAGAAGCACAUCGAUACCACGGGCCCAGUUGAGACCAACAAGUUCUAUGCCGGGCUGUUCCUGGGAACGCAAACCAAUGCCAGCUUCACCCAGCCUUACUCGCUCGCAUGGUCAAAGGGAACUGGUCACCUCAAGAGCUGGGGGAUGGGUGUCUCCCAUGUGGAGAAGGGCAUGCUUGCUUGGGGUCCCAAAAACCUCACGAUACCUGGUGAUCCCGUGCAAUACUACAUCAACCCUGUCGGUCUGCAGCAUAUGAUUCUAUCUGCGGCAGAGCUGGAUGACAACACUGACCUUAGCGUGGAAAAGCCCUUGGCGUUUUCUGCUCAUGCUGUUCUCUCGCACCCCCAACGGCCAGGCAAGAUUGCCUUCCCUGUGGUGCAGGGUAUGGCGUAUGUGACGGCCAUCUACACAAACAUGCAGCCCGUGAUUCAGAGCGGAGUGUUUUACCGCAAAGUCGUCAGCGCCGGUUCUCCUAGGGAUGGAAUCUUCAAAUACCAGGUCGAGCUGGAAGAUAGCUCUUCCUGGCUUCUUUAUGCCACUCCGAAUGAUGGCCAGGAUCCUGACCUGAAGCUUGUGUCACAGACCAAUCUCCGUGGCCCAAAGGGGUUCUCUGGAACCAUCCAGGUUGCCAAAAAUCCUGCGGGUACCUCUGGAGAGAAGUUCUAUGAUAACUCCUCCGGGGUGUAUCCCGUCGAAGGGCGUGUCACGGGAUCGGUGUCUGGAGAUGUAGGCACCUACGGCCUAGCAUGGACUAAAGCAGGCAAAGACUCGCAGGCCACUCCAUUGAUUAUGUUCGCUCUACCUCAUCACGUUGAAUCCUUUGAUGGCAGUACCAAGGGCCGCGUGACUAACAUCCAUUUGCGAACUACCACUAAGGGUAUGGCAACCGCAGUCAUCGGCGAAGCCUGGAAUAUGACUGAGCCUAAUCUCCCAAUUGAUAUGGGCUUUACGCCUUGGUCUCCUAACGCUGGGAAUGUUCAUACAAUUUCGUCAACCGCGCAAAGUCGAAUUCUGGACGUCGCCCCCCAAGAGCUUCAACAAGAUAUGGAAGGCCAGACGAACCUCAACAGCAUGUACUACAGCGGCAAGGCGUUAAGCAAGUUCGCGACCUUGGUCUAUACCGUCAACCAGCUGGGUAAUAACGUCGACCUCGCGUCCCCGGCUUUUCAGAAUCUGAAAGCAUGCUUCGCUCGCUUCGUGAGCAAUCAGCAGCAAUUCCCACUUGUCUACGAUAACGUCUGGAAAGGAGUAGUUUCCUCCGCCGGAUACGAAGGUGAUUUGAAUGCAGACUUCGGCAAUACGGCCUACAAUGACCAUCAUUUCCAUUAUGGGUACUUCAUCCUGGCGGGUGCAAUUAUUGGAUCUCUUGACCCGAGCUGGCUGGCAGACAACAAAGAGUGGGUCAAUAUGCUCGUCCGUGAUUCCGGAAACCCUGCUGCAGAUGAUCCUUACUUCCCGUUCUCACGUUCUUUCGACUGGUACAACGGCCACUCCUGGGCCAAGGGUCUUUUUGAGUCUUAUGACGGUAAGGAUGAGGAAUCUACAUCCGAGGACACCAUGUUUGCCUAUGCAGUCAAGAUGUGGGGACGCACCGUCGGCGACGCUAGCAUGGAGGCUCGCGGAGACAUGAUGCUGGGCAUUAUGCGUCGCUCUCUCCAGAAUUACUUCUUGAUGGAGGAUGACAACGUCAACCAGCCUUCGAACUUCACCGGAAAUAAGGUGACUGGAAUUUUAUUCGAGAAUAAGGUCGACCACACAACGUACUUCGGCGCCAAUCUGGAAUACAUCCAAGGAAUCCACAUGCUACCUCUCCUUCCCAGCUCCGCUUACACGCGUCAGAAGCAAUUCGUCAACCAGGAGUGGAAGGCUAUGUUUGCACCGAAUGCUUCGACCCCCGCACACCAGGUAGACGGUGGAUGGAAGGGUGUGCUCUUCGCCAACCUCGCGCUCAUCGAUCCCAAGGCUUCUUGGGAAUUUUUCGCGCAGCAGAAGUUCAACUACACCUGGAUCGACGGCGGUGCAUCGCGCACAUGGUAUUUGGCUUACGCAGCUGGUCUUGGCGGUGCCCCUUGA